GCAGUAAAUUUAAUAUUUUGUAGCAAUGGCUAAGCAUCCGCAGCUAAUUGGCAUUAAACAGAAAAUUCAAAAAGAUGUUGAGCAAACCGAAAUCCCGAUGUUGUUGGAUUCUGAAGAUAAAGUGAUUGUCAGGGCGGAAGCGCAUGCUUACAAACAAACUUUUCCGAAAGCAUGUAAAAUAAAUGAUCUUGAAACGUGGAAAUUGAAAAAUUUCGACAUGGAAAAUUUGCGAAAAUUUGCUCCUUUUCUAAUUGAAUUAUUCGGACUUACACCCUUAGAAUCGAAAAGCAAAUUGAAGUUCGCUGUUAAACCAAUUGGCUAUAUGUUAGCGAUUUUUGUCAACUUGUAUAGUGGUAAAUGGAAUGGCAAAAGAAUAAAGAAAAAUGAAGGAUCUCAGAUAAUUUUGGAAUUGAUUCGCUUGAUUCUAUCCUGUGGUUUUCUCGUUUACCCACCGGGUGAUCUUCAAGAAAACUGCAAUGCCCGUGCAGCAACGUUUUCAAAUUAUCUGAUUGUUAAUCUUGGAUUUAAUAAAAAUAACAAGUGUAUAGGAGUAAUAAGCAUAGACCUAUAUCAAAACAAAAUCUUAAACAUUACAUUUAGGACUAAAGACGAUUCUAUACAAAGAAAAGAAAAACAGGAAAAUAAAAAAAGGAGGCAGCUUCAUGACAAAAAUUGUUCUUUCAUAGACAUAAAGGAAAGAAUGGAUAUGUCGAAUGUCAACUGUAAAAUGGAGUGUGAAACCUCAAUAACAUGUACAGUUGUUUUCCAACAGCAACCUUCAACAAGUGACAAAUACUUGUAUAAGCCAGAUUCGGACCAAGCUGACAAGAUCAUAGUUAAAAUACCAGAAACUGAAAAUGAAGAAAGAUGCCAAAAUAAUACCAACAGAGGAACAGUUUCAACAUUUACUACUGAAGAAGUUAAACAAUCAGUGGAUGAGUAUAAAAACGCUGAUGGGAAUAUGUCACUGAUACUUAAUAGUAACAGCGAUUGGAAAGAACUGCAACGAACAAGAGAUUUUAUUGAUGUUGAGAAUGAAGAUCCGUAUGGAGCAGAUAAAAUUUUCCUGGAAAAUUUAGCUGAAGAUCAGGAAUCCUUGUAUCAUUUUUCGAAGAUUGAGGAAAUUUGCAACAAAGACGAUGGUCAAGCACCAGGGAAGUUAUUAGAUGAUGGAACCAACAAAGAAUGUUGUUUUUAUCGGAAAGGCAAAAGAAAAGGGAAAAUUAAAGGAAGAGCCGGAAGGAAAAUUUCUAUGAUAGAAGACACAAAAUCAAAUGAUUUUAAAUAA